CGUGGAUCACGCCAUUUUCUGCAUUUUGAUAUUGCCGCAAGGGUCCGCAAGAAGUUACGGACAAUGGGCAACUGCUGGAUCAGAUGCCGCUGGCCGUGUCUGCCUUUGCCGAGGGCCAUGUCAUGUCCAGCUCCAGUGCUAUACACAAUGCGAUCUCGUAUGUCUUGGUCAAUAAUGGAGGAUCAUACCGGCAGGCUCCGGCGGGCUGCGAUCAACCACUGCGACCUGAACUUUGGCGAGCGCUUGGACCAAGGCUCGUACGGGACUUCGCAGGUCUUCAAAGGCGAGCUUCAUGGAAUGCCCAUCUUCAUCAAGAAGGUUCGUUUUCUUGAUGUGGACGUCAGGCAUUGGGCGAAAGAGAUUGUGCUCCUCUCAACGCUCUGGCACCCCAACAUCGUCCUCUUUGUUGGCUUAAGUUUCGACAUCGACGACAACUUCUACCUCGUGACAGAAUACGAGGAGCGCGGCGAUCUCGGAUCCAUCCUACUAGACCAAUCCAUUGCGCUGAGCUGGACGGACCUGCUACUUCAGUUUGUUGUCGACAUUUGCCGUGGCAUGGCCUAUUUGCACUCACACGAGCCAAAGUAUAUUCACGGCAAUCUCAAGGCCGCCAAUAUCCUCAUCAGCGCCAAUGGUCAAGUCGCCAAGCUUGCUGAUUGUGGUCUAGCGCGUCUCUCGAAGCUAUGCCAUCGUCGUCGUCUGUACGCGCCGUUUUGGGUGGCGCCCGAGAUUCUCCGCGGCGACGAGUGUACGUCGAUGACCGACGUGUACAGCUUUGGCAUUGUGCUCGCCGAAAUUGAAACACGCAAGCAGCCGUACCACGAUCGCAUCGUAAACCACUCGGCCCGCCUGGAUUGGCCUGUACCCGAUAUUGUGGACAACACGCAGCGGCCAAAGCUCUCGGAGAACGCGCCGUCAAGCAUUGCGAGCAUCUACGAGCGCUGCGUGCUCAAUGAUCCAAAUGGGCGCCCCAGCUUUGACCAGCUCUUGGUUGAGUUUGAAUCGCUGCGCGAAACAUUGGUCGCAGAGGUCCAAGACCUCGACAUCGGCAAGGAUGCGCUCGUUACCGGUACUCGCACGAACGACGACUUUCGCGUGGGAGAAGAGGAUGCCCAUGAAGCAGCUUCAACGACGUUGCCCGACGACGUUCGACAGAACGAUUUUCAGCCAGCCGGCGUCCGGUCUGUGGCGAAGGUUUCCAUGCGCAGCCCAGCGCUGGACCGAUUGUACCAUGCACUGCAGCGUCUUGAGCUGCACACUGCAAACGCACCGAUCGCAGCGGCCCAGGAGCUUGACCUUGCCAAGGAUGCACUCUCGGCGCGCUUGGACGGCGACUUUUGUGUGGAGCGCAAGAUGCCAGCGUCUUAUUAAUAACAAAAUAGAACGCAACCCCACUGUACACAA